AUGGAAUACUCAGUGACGACGAGCACCGGAGUAAUGAACAUUUGUGUAGUGGUUUCCUGCUUACCUAGGGCUUGUUUGCCUGAGUACGGCACAGAGGAUUCUCAUUUGGAGAGUGCACCUACUAACUUACAUGAUAGUAAACGCCUGUUCUUCGCUUACAAGCCUUACACGUCGUGCCGUGUUGACGAACACAGCUUGACAGGCUUCAAUUUUAGUCAUAAAAAGCUAGGAAAUAUAACUCUAAAUCAACUUUUUGCUUUCUCGCUUGUUCAAGAAACGGUGGUUACCGUUGUGACGCUGGUCGGACAUGUGGAGUGGAACGGACACACCAUCGACUGGAAACAAAUUAACGGAACAUCCGCCAGCGAGUUUCAGGCCCUCAGCGACAAAUUGUGUCAAAAUGUACAGAUACUAUUUCAAACUGUAAUGGAAACAGACAGUCCUCUCUUGAGCUGUACUGUGAAUGUGAGCAACAAUAAGACGGAUACGAUGUUCACCUCAUUAGUGGUCGUGGACUGGGCGAUUCCGGAUGAUUUCACAUUUUCGAACCAACUCCGUCUGAGUGCGGUCUUGUAUCCCGAGUUGGCUGGCCCACAUUACAAAGAGAUAACUGUCUCAAGUGGUGAGUAA